UGUCUUUCUCCGUCUCCUCUCCCCCCCUCUGUAUUCUGCAGAAUAGUAGCGCCCGAGACGGCUUGCUUUGGCGGCUCAUUCGAAGCGGCGCAAGAGGCAGAGUGUGGCUUUCGGCUAGUUUGGUCGGCGGGUCUUCGAGGACGAUCGGCGGGGUCUGGUCCGGGGAAGGAAGAUUUCUGAAAAAUGAAUAGCAAUGAACUUCAGGCCUGCGAAGAUGAAAUUAAAUCUUUGGAAGAAGAAAUUAAAAUGCUAACAGAAGAAUAUGAACAUUGUCAACACAAGUCAAUGGCAUAUACUGAGGCAGAAAUAAUGGAGAUCAUGAAAUUACUUAGAAAAAAGCCUGAAGAAGAACUGAAGCAAUCCAAAUCUCCAGAUCAGGAAACUGAACUCCACUAUUUGGAAGCUGAUCUCUCAUUUAUAAUGAAAUUUACAGGCAUUUUCUUUACACAUUAUUCACGUAAACUUGUGGAAAAAAAUGGAUCUAAAACUAUUCAAAAUUAUAAGGUGUCAGGAAAAUGUCAGUCAGUCUCAUUUCAGCUGGAAUUUAAACUCACGGAAGAAAAUCAGAUGAACAGAAAUGCUUCAGCUAUAGUAACUGACCUUAAUAUUAUAACAGAAUGUGACAUGCACUGUGAUUUAAGCAACCUUGUGUCAAGGAUUGAAGAAAAUGGGAAUCUCUGCCUGUUCUUCAGAAGUCUCUCUUGUUUCUCUGAAUGGUGUAAACAUCGGGAACGUACGUUCGCUCAUUUUAAGCUGUACAAAAUUGUAAUUACAGAUCAGUUCUGUGUCUGUACAGGCAGUAUCUCCAGUAUUCUGAUCCCAAGUGGUUUAGGGCCUUACAUGUCAAAAACACACUCUGGAACAGGACUCAGUACUGUAGCUAAUUAG